AAGAUGCUGCUGCCCCUCUGUGAGGAUUUCUGCGAGGCGCGUCAGCGGAGCAGCUGAAUCAUGGCAUCCCGGUAAACUUCUGAAGCGCCGGGGACCAGAAAACAACUCCUGAGACGCACAGACUUAAGCUCCUCUGCGGGGAUCUUUUUACUACUGAAGGCGUUUUGACAGCGUAUGUGGCAGUGUGCGCGGGGCUGGAGAGCUUGAGGUUAUUUUUUGUGUUCUCUCUUGAUUGGAAACGCUGACAUUCCUCGCAGAGACAGAGUCAUAAUCUUUCAAAAGGCAGUCAUUGUAAAUAUCCCAUUAUAUUGGUUUUAUUUCGCUCUGUCUAAAUCUUUUUCUUUUUUGCUUUCAGUAUUAGGAUGAGAUUGUCGAGUAUGUGCGCGUCUCCAAACGAGGACGCACGGAAAUUAAACCAAUUUACUCUCAUCUGAUCUUUGAUAUUCAAUGACGCCUUGUUGUAAAUGCCCCCAAAUUAGAUUGCUGUAAAUUAAAUCUUUCCGUUUCCAAGACAGUAACUGAUCCACUGAGAGAAAGGAUCAAUCUGUGCAAAAGAUCAAGUUUUAGUUCUUCGGGCUGUGUCCGGGCUGACGCCCAGCAGUUUUUUGUUUUUUUGUUUAAUUUUUUAUUUUUUGUGGAGAAAGAUCGGUUUUAGAAAGUGGUUGUGCGUUUUGAUUGAAAAGAUCUGCGUCUUGACGCGUUUCCCAGGACUGUUUGUUGUGCAUAAAAUGGAUUUGGAAGACCUGCCGUGGAGGGUGCAAGGGAGUGAUCAUUUGCAAACAACACAGUGACAAAUCUAGAACGGCUGCGACUCCUGGAAAAACAAUCCCAGCAUGGCCUCGGUUCAGGACAGCGGCUGCUCCAUGGAGCUGAGUGGCUGGAACAGCAGUGUGAGCAGCUCCGGAUCCUCCGUGCCGUGCAACCAGAGUGUCCUCAAGCCUGCUCCCUACUCCCCGGAAGCAACGGCGGCCUUUGCCACCGCCAUAACCUUAAUGGUCAUCUUCACCAUCGUCGGGAACAUCAUGGUGAUCAUCGCUGUCCUGACCAGCCGAUCACUCCGAGGUCCACAGAAUCUGUUCUUGGUGUCACUGGCUGCUGCGGACAUUUUAGUGGCUACACUCAUCAUCCCCUUUUCUCUGGCCAACGAACUACUUGGCUACUGGUACUUCAAGUCUCUGUGGUGUGAAAUCUACCUGGCGCUGGAUGUGCUGUUCUGCACCUCCUCCAUUGUGCACCUGUGCGCCAUCUCACUGGACCGCUACCUGUCAAUCUCCAGGGUUACUUACGGACGUCAGCGGACUCCCAGACGCAUCAAAGCCGCUAUUGUGGUGGUGUGGCUCAUCUCUGCCAUUAUCUCCUUCCCUCCCCUGCUCUCUUUGAACAAGAGUGAGGUAGGCGACCAGGGGACUGAGAGAGGACCUCAGUGCCAGCUGAAUGAUGAGCGCUGGUACAUCCUUUACUCCACCAUUGGUUCCUUCUUUGCUCCAUGUCUCAUCAUGAUCCUGGUCUACAUAAGAAUUUACCAAAUAGCCAAGCAGAGAACACGUUGCCCACCAGGGGAGCCCAGGAAGGAUGGGGCUGGCUGUGCAACACCAAGUCAACCUCCGCGGCAUGUACAAGCAAACGGGAAGAAUGAAGAAGAAAGCACACCUCCUUCAUCCAACAAAACCUCUAAUGCCAGACCCCCCACUCUUGCUAUUACACCUUCUCCAACCCCAGCAGAGUCUCAAACCUCACCAAAUCCCACACCCAAUAAUCUCCUGCAGCCUCCACCCACUUCUCCAGCCAUGUCCACGGCCACAGAGGUUGAUACCGCUUCUCAAGUCCCCUCCGCCCCCUCCUCUGCACCUCAGUCUGCCACCAAGACUAAAGCGGAGGGGAAGAAGGGCAAGCGCCUGCAAAGGAAAAAGGCUGACAAUAACAAUGCUGACAGCUCAAGCACAGAGAGCGAUAUGGAGCACAGCCACGGAGGAGGUCGAGGCAGCACCAGCAUGCCAGGGUCUCCUGCUGGAGGGGGGAUCCACUCCCCAGCAUCAGUCAAGCGCUACCGCGACAUGAUUGCCACUUCAAAGGGGGCUCGCCUGGUGCCAGGGAGAAAGUCAAAAACAGAUAACAACCCUGGAGCAGCGAGGCGCAAAGCCAUGGUCAACAGAGAGAAACGUUUCACCUUCGUCCUGGCAGUGGUCAUCGGUGUCUUUGUGGUGUGUUGGUUCCCCUUCUUCUUCUCCUACUCGCUACAGGCAGUGUGCCCAGAGACCUGCACCAUCCCUGGUCCGCUCUUUACAUUUUUCUUCUGGAUUGGUUACUGCAACUCAUCACUCAACCCAGUCAUAUACACCAUCUUUAACAAAGACUUCAGAAAGGCCUUCAAAAAGAUAUUGUGCAGAAGCACCAAGGGUACUUUCUUUUAGCACAUAAAAUUGUUGUGUAGAAGGCAGAAAUGAAAAUUGCUAUUUCUGAGGCAUAAAAAUACAAUCACUUUCCAGAACACUUAAAGGGCUGUUUAAAAAAAAAAAAAUGUAAUUUGUAUAACUGUAAAAUUGAGAGCCACUUUUACAGCCACAGCGUGUAAACACAAAACUUGGACUGUGAAAUCUCAGUUUGCAGCUGGCAUACACAGAAUUUUACAGAGUGGAGAAACAGGGCCUGAAAAAGAGGCUGAACAAUAUUAUACUGCUUAGUACUUUCGUAUUUCUGAUAAGAUUUUGAAUCUAAAGUUUUAUCUUCAGAUGACAAUGAAUUAUGGAUAAUGCUGAGAGAGAGAGUGAUGCAGCAUGACAGAAGAAAUGUAAAUACACUCUAUAAAACCUAUAGGAGGUCUCUAAGAAAACAGAAAACACAUGGGAAUUAACUCUGUGAAUUAAUACAGGCUAUUUUUUAUAUGCAUAUUUUGUAGUUAUCAAAGACUUUAGGACUAAAGAAGACAGGUACAAAGAAGGACAAGUGGCCUUAGAUUCCUGUGAGCCUAGGGCCCUUUAUUUAUCAAUAGACAGCACAAGGAGCACACAAGAUUAGUGGUGAUUUCCUACGUCUGCAUCCUCAAAUUGCAAAGCUGCGGGGCAAACAUGUGUUCCUUGAUUUUUAUCUAAAAAUGCAACAACAAGAGAAGGUUGCUGAUGGUCUUAAAAGUGAUAGCACAAACAAGAACAGCCUUUCAGACUUAACUCAGAAUUUUGUGCAGAAAGCCUUCAUGUGAAGCCGUGGCACCUUGAUUUUGGCUUCACUGGUCAUAGUGGACACUCAGGUUGUUUAUAAUGACACUCUUGGCUUUCACCUUUCAUGGAAUACAGGAUAAAAUUAACUGUGGUGGAUUUAUGGACUUGAUAUAAAGCCCCAUGAAUGAUAUAGAAGGAAGGUGAUGAUGAUGUACCCCAUCUCAUAUUCUAAGCUUAGUUUUCUUUCUUUUUUCUUAACCCGUGCGAUCACUUGAAUGGACUCACCUGAGUUUCUCUUCUGGUGAACUGCCUCAAUAUUGGGACAUUCGAGUUAAAAUCAAAACUAUUUAGAGCACUUUGAAACUCCUUCAGUGGGUUUCCACAGAAUCAGAUGGGAGGUGCAUCUACUAAAAAUAAAAAAACACCAGAUUCUUAUCAUUUUACUUGCAAACAUUAUUGCCCAGAAUCAAACUCUGCUCGGCGCAGCAGUAUUUACCAGGUAAACAUUUACACUGACUGUAACACUGAGAUGAACAAUGCCAUUAUGGACGUGUGAUGUUACCCCUAAUUAUGCUUGCAGGGGUUAUACUGAGAACUGUUUGUCUGAGUCACUCCUUACCAACGCCUCUGGCACAUCAUCUUCUGCAGUGGACCUCUACAUGGCACAUUUGGCUCGUUGCUGAGAGGCAAGAGAGGAUGAAUGGUACAUUCAUUUUUCUCACCAAGACAGUAAAGCUUUGUCAGUUUCCUGGACAAAAAAAAAAAAAAAGAAGAAGAAGAAAAAAAAAAAGAAAACGUGUCUGUAACUGUGAACAGCACACAUGCUUAUUGACUCAAUGGGACAAGGGCUGUCAGCAGCAACACAUCAAUUUAGUAAUUGUCUAAUUCUGCUGACUUGUGUGAAUGUGUGUGUGUAUGUGAGUGAGUGAGUGUGCGAGCGUGCAUGUGUGUUUGACUUUAUUGUUUUUCCAUAAAAAGUGUCAGUGCCUCCUCUGGCUGCUAUGUACUACAGAUCUACUGUAAUUAUGACAGAGACCAGAUUUCCUGUCACAGGCAUCACAUGGUUGUCUGUAAUGUUACUGAUGAAUUUUGGUGGAUGGAUCAGUAGUAUGUCGCCACACUGAGACAGUCUUAAUGAACUAAGAGUGAGUGUUUAUCUGUGAUAUCAAGUACACGGCUUUUUAAAGAUCACCCUCAAGGGACCAAAGAGCCUCACAGGACACCAGCCUGACUCAGUGAUAUCUGGCCCCAUGUUUCUGUAAUGAAAUAUCAGUUUAUAUUUGGUGUAUGUGACAGGAGGCAAAGAUUGAAAACACUGUAUUAUUUAUUUCAAACCUGUUUGUGUUUUCUGUUACCUAUUUAUUGCUCAGUUGCUGUGCUUUUAUUCUGAAAAAUCAAUCAAAUUGGAAGCGAUCAAAGACUGAAAAGACUGUACAGAGUUUUAAUAUCUUGAAUAAGAGCAACAUUGACUUCUGCUCGUCAAGCUCUUGUUUUGUCAGACUGAGUUAUAUUUAAGCUCGGGAGGGGACGCAUUUGUGUUGAACUGAGAGGAACGUGAACUUUGAGUUAAAUGCAUACAAUGCGACAUUUAUCAUCAUCGUUUCAUCUAGUUAUAGUACAGUGAAAUGUUCAAUCAGAGAUACAAGCACAUUCAUUGAUGUACAAUCUAUACCGCAACAGAAAAAAAUGUCUCCUCACCAGUGCUACUGCUGUCAGACAUCUCCUGAAAAAGUAAUCCAAAGUGAAAAUGUCAAUAGCAACCACAGCCAGUUUCAUUUGGAUGAUUUGCAGUGCAUUCAUGCUACAAUCCAUAUCACACGAAGCUGCUGGGAGAUUUGAAUAACUGAUGAAACCAAAUGGUUGCAAGCAAGCGCUCUGUGCACUUAUACAACUGUUCCCUGUCCUCAUUUAAAAUGAUUAUUUUCUCUCCAGUAAUACAAACAGCUAUAGCAAGUCAAUUAUGACAAAAAUAGCCACAGAGGUCAUGGAUUCGUGGCUGCUUCCAAUAAAUAUGAGUUGCAUUGCUGCUCAAACUUGCCAUCCAUGGCUUUAUGUGGUGAGACUGCUGCUUUGUUUGUUUUAAAAAGUAAGAAUUAUAGCUGAAAGGUGACAGAUGCAGUAUUCUGCCUGUUGAUCACCAUCCUUUUCCCAGAAACCGCCUGAAUUGUCUCUUCCCCAACUGUGUUUGGACCAAACUGCCUGGUCUGAGCUUUGCAAUCUUCUAUCUCCCAUCUGUCAUCAUCUC